ACCUAACCAAUUAGAAGCGUUCUCAGUGAGACGCUGCAUCUGUACCAAGUUGAAGAGCGGAGCAUCCUCUGCCGAAAGACAUCUCGUUGAGAUAUAAUGGGCCGCAGAAAGUCGAAAAGAAAGCCACCUCCCAAGAAGAAAAUGACAGGGAACCUGGACACCCAGUUCACUUGCCCUUUUUGCAAUCACGAGAAAUCCUGCGAUGUCAAAAUGGAACGAACCCGGAACACAGGAAUUAUAUCCUGCAGCGUUUGCUUGGAGGAGUUUCAGACUCCCAUAACAUAUCUGUCCGAGCCGGUGGACGUCUACAGCGAUUGGAUCGAUGCCUGUGAAGCAGCCAACCAGUAGCGUUCCUAACUGACCUUCUGACCUCACUUUCUGCUUCUUGAAGUAAUUCCUGUUGAGCUAGCACAAUGUAGCAAACAUUUUGUCUUUCUCUUGAGUCACCUGGUGUUCUUAGUUUCUUUUAGGUUUGUUUUUUCUUGCCGAUUAUGACACGUUACUCUGGCUGGGCCAGAGUGUGGCCAUGUUCUUCUGACAGUAACAUGUAGCUAUAAAAACAUCAAUGUAAAUGUUUUCAUAUCUUAUGUUAGUGAACUAUUGUAGGACUUAACCUUCCCUUCUUUCGGACCAAACUGUUAUAUAAUAGUUGAAAAUGGAACCUAUGAAAUAUUUCUUUAAAUAUCUUCUCUUAGAUCGUUUCAAAGAUUUUUUUUUAGCAUCUAGAUGUUGACAUAUUUAGUUUCUGGUGACACAAUCAUAAAAUAACUUUUGUCAUAUGUAGAUUUUGUUUAUUUUUUCAAACUGUGUCACUAUUGCACUGAAAACAUUUUUUUUUUCCCUUUUGGACCAAUUUAUAUUUUUAAUGCUAGAUUUUCCUUAAAAAACACAAACAGACAAAAACAAAAUCACUUCAUGUAUCUCUCGUACACUACUUUGAUGUAUUUGUGUACUUCAAGUUGCUGACAGUAGUAAGAAAAUAAAGUCACGAAAAUGCUUUGUGUGUUUUUAUUGCACAAUGUUUAUGAAUGUUUCAUGUUUAGUGAAAAGCAUAUUGAUAAAGAAACCAAGAGCCAGCAUAUCAGGGUGAAAUGUUAAUGAAUCUGUACUUGUCAGUGCCAGUUUAGAUAUCAGCGGGUUAGUGAUGAUGAAAAAUUAAUACGCUGUUU